AUGGCCAAGAGCGUCACCUGCACCAGGGGAGCACGACUUCCAGCUGGAAUUCGGGAAACCGGCACGGCCAAGAGCGUCACCUGCACCUACUCCCCCUCCCUGAACAAGCUGUUCUGCCGGCUGGCCAAGCCCUGCCCGGUGCAGGUGCGGGUGGGGGUCCCGCCGCCCCCCGGGGCGCUGCUCCGCGCCGUCGCCGUCUACAAGAAAGCCGAGCACGUGGCCGAGGUGGUGCGGAGGUGCCCCCACCACGAGCGCUGCGGCCCCGACGGCAAUGCCCCCGCCCAGCACCUGAUCCGGGUGGAGGGGAACCCCCAGGCCCGGUACCACGACGACGAAACCACCAAGAGACACAGCGUGGCCGUGCCCUACGAACCCCCUGAGGUGGGCUCGGAGUGCACCACGGUUCUCUACAACUUCAUGUGCAACAGUUCCUGCAUGGGGGGCAUGAACCGCCGGCCCAUCCUCACCAUCCUCACCCUGGAGGGGCCAGGGGGUCAGAUCCUGGGCCGGCGCUGUUUCGAGGUUCGGGUCUGCGCCUGCCCCGGCCGCGAUCGGCGCCACGAGGAGGAGACACAGCGCAAAGGGGGCGGGGCCGGGGGCGGGGCCAAGAGAGCGCUGCCCCCCCCGGCUGAGGCCGCCGAGAGCUCCAAGAAACGAGUCCAGGACCCCGACGAGGAAAUCUUCUACCUGCCCGUGCGUCGGGAGUGA